AUGCAAGCCAGCACCUGGUGGGAACAUAAUAAGUUAGAUGAGGAUGCUACAAGGGAAAUCGUCUUCUGGAAGGACAACUUUGAAAUAUGUCAUGGCCAACCAAUCUGGCUGGCCAACCCAAAACCAGAGAUCCUCACCUACUCUGAUGCAAGUAAUACCGGCUGGGGAGGCUACAGUGUUGAGCUGGGUGGUAGGAUUGCCAAGGGAAAUUGGUCACCAGAUGAAGAACUCAAAAGCUCGACAUGGAGGGAAUUACGGGCCACCCAUCUCCUAUUAGCAUCUUUCCUUCCAGAAAUCCAAGGAAAAGAUGUGCGGCAUAGGACCGAUAACAAGAAUGUGGAGUCAAUACUGCAGAUUGGUAGCCGAAAUCGAGAGCUGCAUGAUGAAGCAGUGGCACUAUACCAGCUGUGUCACCAAUUUGGUGUGCGCUUGCAGGCCGAGUGGAUUCCACGAGAAUUUAACAGCGAGGCUGACCAGCUGUCACGUGAAACAGACAUUGAUGACUAUAUGCUUAAUCCAACUUACUUUGCUGCAUUGGACAUAUUGUGGGGACCACACACAGUGGACAGAUUUUCUUCAUUUCGCACACGACAAGUCCCCAGAUUUUGCAGUCGAUAUCUCAAUCCAUUGACAGAGCAUGUGGACGCAUUUACAGUGAGUUGGUCAGGUGAGAUUAACUGGAUUUUCCCACCCCCAUAUCUUAUUCCAAAAGUUCUCCAACACAUGAAGUAUGGGGGCGAAGAUGGUACCUUGAUUGUUCCCCUUUGGUCCUCUGCCCCUUGGUGGCCACUUCUAACCACUGAUGGUCACUAUCCUCAACCUUGGAUCCUUGACUGGAUGGACCUCCCUCUUAGGGACGACAUGUUUAUCCCCGCAGUGGCUGAGAGUUGCCUAUUUGGGUUCGGAAUACCAUCAUACCGGGUAUUAGCUCUAAAGAUCUGUUUCAGUCAAUCCAUCUUGAUUAAAGAUUAUGCCGACAUUCGACCUUUUUUGUAAAACUGAGCAGCACAGACUCAUUAGCCUGGGAGACAGAUCACUUCUUAGCCUGUGAGAGGCAUUGAAUAAGGAGUAAGCCUGUGAGAGGCAUUGCAUGAGGAGUUAGCCUGUGAGAGGCAUUGCAUGAGGAGUUAGCCUGUGAGAGGCAUUACAACAUAGAGCAUGACCUGUGAGAGGUAUUGCAACUUAACCUGCGAGAAGCAUUGCACAUGGAGCAUGGCCUGUGAGAGGUAUUGCAUGCUGGCCUGCGAAAACACUUUGGUGUUCAGAACAUGGUUGGGGCAGUAGAUGUCAGAUCGCCUGUGAGUGGCAUUUCUCAGCGUAGUCGGUAAGAACAUAACAGUUCAUAACACAACUCUCCCUAUAUUAUAGGUCAUGUAUCCAGGAAAAAUGCCGAAUCGAGAAAAGGAAAAAUGUGGAAAGGUAUAUGCCUAAAAGACCCAGAGUUGCGUUCGUUAGCAGGUGACAUACCAGGAAUUCUCCUACGUGAUCGAGCCCCUCGAACAGUGCGUAAAUAUCAGGAUUCCUUCCAACGUUGGCAUACCUGGGCAGAAAGCAAAGAUCUCUGUUCUCUACCCGCAACUGGUCAAGAGAUAGCUCUGUAUGUGGCAUUCCUUUUACGAACAGCUAGGACAAUGUCCACUAUUCAUUCGGCAGUAUAUGCGAUUGCUUGGGCACAUAAGAAGGCGGGAAAGAAAUCCCCAACAGAACACACACUGGUUAAGCAGAUGAUUGAAGCUAGUCGGCGAAUUGUGGGGCUGAAACCUGUGAAUAGGAAACAGCCACUGGAGGCCAAACAUGUGAAAGCUAUCAUUGUUAAGUUUGGUGACGGGAAUCUGGGACAGCUGCAGAUAGCAACAUUAAUCACUUUGGGAUUUAGUGCAUUUCUGAGAUGGGAUGACUUGUCUAAGUUAGAGAGGCAAGACAUUGCAAUGGAAAAUGAUCACAUGAAAAUAUUUCUGGUCAAGCGGAAGAAUGACCAGUACCGGGAAGGAUCUUGGAUUCUUGUUGCCCGCUCAGGCAAAAUAUCAUGUCCAGUUAAGUUGCUUGAGAAAUUUCUACGAAUGGGGAAACACAGCCAACAGGAUAAACUGUUCAGAAAGAUUUCUCACACAUCUAAUGGAAUGCAACUGAGAAAAUCCCCCUUGAGUUACAGCAGAGCUCUGGAACUAUUCAAGAUGCAGAUAUCUAGUAUUGGUUUGAAUCCAUCUGCUUAUGGCUUACACAGCUUACGUUCUGGUGGUACAUCCGAAGCAGCCGCCUGGGGUAUACCUGAUCGUCUGAUCCAGCGACAUGGGGGAUGGAGAUCUGAGAAAUCUAUGAACAUGUACAUUAAAGAGACACAUAACACCCUAUUACGAGUUUCACAGAGCUUAGGCUUAUGAAGGAUAUAGUACGAACGAUAUAGUAAGAACGGUAGUCAAACCACUAUGCUUUUAACUUGCGGUGGCAGAACAAAUGGCAACCCAGUGUGAGAAUUUGAGUUUCUCGCUGUCUGAGUUUACGAAAUAAGCGAGAAACGGGUUUCUCAUGCUGGGGUGCCCUGUGUUAGGUCACAUGAGUUGUAUAAAGUCACGUGAUAAGUGACUUUGGCAUCUUUUAGUUUUUUGCACAUCGUAUGCAGUUACCCACCCACCCUCCCAGAUUGGUGGAUACUAGAGUUUUUUGGUUUUUUUUAGUUGUAUAUAGUUUUUGGUUUAGAUUAUGAACUGAACUGUUAUCCGGGAUUUGUUAAUCAUGUUUUUUAUAAACAGAUAGGUAAAUAAUAAAGGCACUGCCCUGCUUGCGGUGGCAGAACAAAUGGCAACCCAGUGUGAGAAGCCGCAUUAUCCGUAAAAAAGGUGAUGCGCUGGUUUCGCAUCUUAUCUCCCCAUACGAGUACGCUGAGUACAAUUGGGUAAAAUUCCAAAAUCGCGAUGUUUAAUUGCCUCCAAUUGGGGGGCCACACACCGAAAAACCACUAAUCGCCGAAUACAGCACCAUAGCCCAAACUACCGGCAGCAUCGGUAUAUAGGUUUAAACUGAAAGAAUCAUUCCAAACAUCACUGAGAAAAAACGAUCGGCCAUUAAAUUCGUCCAAAAAGGACUGCCAGAUGACCAGAUCGGCCUUAACCGAUUUAGUUAGACGAAUAAAGUGGUGCGGGAACUUUGAUGCCUUUAGUCAAAUCAAUAAGACGGCGCAAGAAAGCCCGACCAGGGACAACUACCGAACAAGCAAAAUUAAGUAAACCAGUUAACGAUUGUAUUUCGCGCAAAGUAACUUUUUUGCGACGCAGAAAGCCAGAUAUUAGAGACUUGCAUUUAUCGGUCUUGUCGUCUGGUAAACAGGCUUCCAUGCGCAAAGUAUCUAAUUCAAUGCCAGCAAAGGCGAGAAUAGUUUGUGGGCCAACAGUUUUGUCCGGUGCGAUUGGUAUGCCUAAAUAUUUACAGAGAGAUAAGAAGCGGACAAGGUCAAUGCGACAUUGGUGAUAAGUAGGUGACGCCAUUAGAUAAUCAUCAAGAAUGUGGAUUAGAUGUGGGAUUUGCAAGUGUUUCUUAGCAACCCAUUCGAUAGCAGUGCUAAACAUCUCGAAAGUGCAACAAGAUGACGCACAGCCAAAGGGCAUAACGCGAUCAUAAUAAUACUUCCCUUGCCAAAACAUUCCUACGAGAUCAUAAUCGGAUGGCCUUAACGGGAUAAUACGAAAUGCACUCUUGAUAUCCGUUUUUGCUAGGAAACAGCCGCGGCCUAAUUGUUUGAUCAUUUUGAUGGCAUCAUCAACACGAGCAUAAUGUACAGUCGAAUGCUUGUGAGCAAUGCCGUCAUUAACAGAUUCACCACUUGGAAAAGACAAAUGGUGGAUUAAGCGAUAUUCUGCAGGGGCUUUUUUAGGUACCAGCCCCAAGGGGGAAACGCGAAAAUUAGGAAAGGGUGGACUGUUGAAAGGCCCAGCCAGGCGAUCGACCGCCAAUUCUUUCGAGAGUCUAGCACUAACUAUCUCAGGGUUCCGUUGCGCGGAAACGAGAUUAGGACCAAAAAUUGAUAUACAAGAUCCUUCAAAAUGAAGGGGAAAACCAAACUUAAAACCAUUAUAUAAAUUUAAUGCCAAUCGCACAUCGUAUCCACAUAAUAACGGGUAGAGAUUGUCAAUUAGAACCGGUGUUGGCAGUACGGGACUUGGCGGCACUUGGGGCUGAGCCAGAGGAGGGCUUUUGGCCACGAAAAUUACAACGAAUAGCCGGGUGAACAACACCACAUUUAAAGCAGUUGUGUUUGUAGUUACACCCUAAACAUUCAGCACCCCGGUGGAACUUGCGGCAAAACCCCCUAGGAACAAAGGGUCCAGCUGCCGACGAGGACGAAUUGUUUGAACUUGUGCGCAUAUUUGAUUGGGGUUUGCUCAAACGUGCAUGACCGAAAGUUUGUGCACGGAUCCAAAGUUCCCAGUGACUAUAACCCCAAGGUAGUUCAGCCGGAUUGCUUUGCCGCAAGAGACAAAAUUGCGUGUCAUACAAACGCCAAUCAGCCCCUCGUGUGGCCAAAUCCCGCACUACCUCCCCGUAUUUCAUUAGUAUUGGGGCCUCCAAGGGAAAUUUUGCAGUGUAGACUCCAACGAAAAUUUGAAAAGCCGAAGUCCAUGCCUCGAUAUUGGGAAUGGCCUUCGGCUUGUGUGACGGUUCUAAAGAUAAAGCAGGGAGCAAGGAACCGCCUUGAGAGCUCACAGACAAGUGAUACCGGGUAUCACCUGCCUCUGAGCUCAGUAAAACACCAAAAUCUAUAAAUUUGUGCGCCCAUAUUUUUGCUUUAACUUUAGCGCUAACAUUAGCAUCGAUGGGCACGCUAAUUGAGCAAAAUUUGGCGGAUCCCGACCCCGCUGACGGUGAGACGUUAAUAAAUUUGGUCUCACCUGUUAUGUGAUGCAAAGCAGAUGCUACCGGCCCAUGCAUAGUGGUAGCAUCUGCUAAAUUAUGAGUAUUAUCGGACCCUACAACUAGAGGUACUUCUAUCUGUUCUGGUUCCAUGGACGGAGGCGCCGGGAGAGUUGGUUGACUUGCCACAAACGACGCGAUGACGGCCUGUGACACAGCCGAGACAAUUCUCUGCAUCGCUUCCUCUGAGAGAUCAGGCGGUGUGAUGUUCGGCGACACUGAUGGUGUAGCAGCCAUGGCAGGCAAUGUUUCGACCCUGGCUGCACUGGUUGCAGUUGUAGAUGCUGCUGUUGUCCGCCACCGCCGCCGUGAAGAAGCACUAGGUGCUGCUGCUACUUGAGCUUGGCGCUGGACACGUGUACUUGGGCGAGUUGCGGGCAUUCUAAAAGGAAAAUGUCAGAACGCAGACAGGCAGAAUUGGGUUUGGCCAGAGUUUGCUGGUUGCGUCUCAUGGUGAAGCGAUUCGUGAUAUAGUUGUAUAUUUGUAUAGCUAUAAAUGUAUACGCAGUAACACGAAAACAUGAACAACAACGCAGCAGAAUAAUCAUGGCAUACAGCGAAGGUAGCCACAAAAGAUCAUCCUUAAGAAUUGCUGCAAUAUCUACCACAUUAAACAUUGACAAACAAACAAACAAUGCAGUGGAAUAAUCAUGGCAUACAGCGAAGGUAGCCGCAAAAGAUCAUCCUUAAGAAUUGCUGCAAUAUCUACCACAUUAAACAUUGACAAACAAACAACGCAGCGGAAUAAUCAUGGCAUACAGCGAAGGUAGCCGCAAUAGAUCAUCCGUUUAAAGCGCUGCAAAAUAAUAUAAAAACGGGCAAUCUGAAAACAACAUGCUGCACCAUCCCACAAUAUAUUGAUUUCAACUGUGGGCAUCUGAAAACAAUAAAUUGCACUAUCCCACUUAGACAUGCAUUUUUCCAAACACAGGAUCAGCCCGUCAUAUAUACCUAACAUUAAAUAUCAGCACGGCACAAAGCAAGUACGAGGACACCUACAUACAUGUACGUUAGCUGAACAAAAGACGAAACAGACUACUAUAGGGAAACACAUUCUAUAUACGUAUAUAUAACCAGCUCGAUAAUCAUGAAUAUGCCCUGUGCAGGAAAAACCCAAUGUUGAAAUCUCAACGUGGGCAUCUGAAAACAGUCAUGUCGCUCUAGCCCAUAAUAAUAUAACAAUUAUAAGCAUAAUAUAUAUCAACACCAAGUACUGAGAGGAUAUAUACUGCAUAAUCAAAGAGUGUGACAAAAGAUGCCCUCCACAAAUUAGGGCGUUGUCAAUACAAAAAGCAAAAUUGAUCAGAAACAACAGUACAAAACGGGGUUCACGGGUUACAAAAGUUUGAGAGCUUUCAAGAUAGCCCCACGAUAACUCCGAUACAAACAGUACAGUCCUUGGGCAUCACAAUGCACGCCAUCGGAGGAUAGCAAUGCACGAUCGGUUUGAUAAAAUUCCCGAUGAUCCCAAGUAAAAAUCCCAUUUUCCUCGGCAAGGACCACAAACAAAUAUUGCCGCAAAAUAGCGGCCUUGGCAUUAAAACCAAGGUCUGGUCCUUGAGCAAAAGGAAUAUUGCGGUUUAUAACCUGGCACACCCCAACAACCCGAACGUUGUAUGUGUGCCGUAAAGCAUGCACAAGGUCGUCGAGUUUAGACCCCACCACCUCGGGGGCGUGGGUUGACAAAUCGUUAGUCCCAAGCUCCAGGAUUACAAUAUCGGGCUUAUACUUAUGCACCGAUUGCAAAUCGUAUUUAACGACCUUUUCGACGGUUCGGCCACCCGUCCCUAACAAAUUAAUAUAGCCCGAUUCUGGGAGAUGAAAAUUAGAAGCCGCACGUGUAUCAAAGUGCGCAUCUAAAUCAUCUCGCAAACGAUGGACAAAAGAAUGACCGAGAAUUAAAAUACUUGGGACACAACUUGACAUGAUAAAAAUAUCGGAGAAGGAAAAAUUAAUAGGAAUACCUUAUCGAUUAUUUAUAUCAAUUGACUUCAGCCAGAGAGUUGACCUUGCGCAACCAGAUUGAAGAGUAGAAUGAACUGAUGCACAUACUGCUGUAGAUUAUAUCACCACUCCUAUCCGCUUCCUGCGCAUUACAUUCAUGUGACUACAAAUUAUCGGGGCUAAUACCCAUGUGUCCCAUUACAAUAGCUCCCUAUCUCUAAAACUAGAUGCAGGAAGCAAUAAAAUCUUUAUUGGUAUGCCAAUAAUUCCUUUUUGUAGAGGUGUACUAUGUAUCAUGUUUCAGAACAUAUACACUUUGAUACAAGAUUUUCGAGGACGUUUAGUAAGGUUUGGUGGCAAAAUGUUUGCAGAAACACUAUUACAUUUCCUGCAGUAUGACCAUGCAGAGAAGUUUGUCCAAAAAAGAAAAUCAGGGGAAACUUUUUCUAUUGAAUUUGUUCCAAACACAUCACCUGGUAGUGGCAAGAAUGUACGUCCAGACAAGAAACAUUCUUUUUCUUGCUCUUCUUUCUGAAAGUAUGUAUGUCAUUGUGAUAUUUUUUUAUAUAAAAAAAAUUUGUUCAAAAUAUUUUGGCUUCGUCUGUUGAAACAUUCAAUUAUUUGGGUGUUGAUUUUAUCUCCAUACUUUCACAUUACAACUUUGAAUAUUAAUUUGUUUAAAAACGUUUGAAAAUAAAACCUUAUGGAGAUGGAGGAUUUUGGUAAAUAUUUCUGUUUGUAAACAAGCUGGAAAUUUGCUCCUAAAAUCCUUUAGGCAUACACUUUCUCUAAUUUUUACAUCUCCAAGUUAAUAUGUGUCGGCCUCCCCCACCUUGGGGACCCCAGGGCGUGUUGGGGCAAUUUGACGACUUUGACUUGUAGGGACUUUGAAUGCAGAGGCAUAGCUAGAAGGCCCCCCUCCCGGCAAAAAACUGGUCCCCCUCUGGGAAAAUUACAAUGUAUAAUGUACAAAAUUGGCACAUUUAUUUUCUCCAUAAUGGUGGGAGAUGUGUAAAAGAGGGACAGUGGUUUUGUACUGUACUGUACUGUAAAGUACAACAGGGUACAAAGUGUGAGAUUGCUCGUAUAUAUAUCUAUGUCAUUAAAGUAAUUUGUCGUCUGAUGUUGCAUUAUUCACUGGAGAACAAGGUGUGAUCAAACAUUUCUCAGUUUUUGUCUAAAAUUUGGCCUUGUUUUUUUAAGGCCGAAUUUUAGGUCAGAAUCCAAUACUCCCAACAUAGGAGAUGACCUUCCCAGGGUUCAAAUUUCAAAAAAUUUCCAGGUGGGGCAUGCCUCCAAACCCCCUAGUUACACGAGACAUAGGAGUAUAAUACUGUCAGAUUUAAGCCUAGAUCUGCCCUUGAUUAUCAUAUGUCCCAUCAUAGCUGAAAAAAGUGCCCCCCCCCAGAUUCUUUGGGCCCCCCCUUGAUAAAAAAUCCUGGCUAUGCCCCUGUUUGAAUGUAAUUUUUACCCAAUAUGCGGGGCCAUUGCCCUAUACGGUGGAAAUGAAGGGCAAUUGCAAGCAAUUGUUUUCUAUUUCAUGUAAAAUAUUAACACAAGUAUUUAAUAAUAUCGAAAUGCUGUACAGGGUGUCUAAAAAAACGCUAUGGAAAUUCAACAAGCUGUCAUGCAUCAUAAACCUGGCUAAACAAUUCAAUUUUUACAUAGGACGAAAGAACAGUUGUUUAGCUUUUCAAUGAUAAAUUGUAACGAUAAGAAAUGGCCACAUACUCGUCAAAUAAAAAUUGCCAGUCAAAACCACAUUCUUCCACUGUUGGGAAUUGCUUCGAAAACGAAACAUAGACAAUUCCCAAAAGGGAAUCAAAAUUGAAUGUUAAAUUAUCUAAAAUAAGCUCAACUUGUCAAUCUUUGUUUUAGUGAGACCAUAAGAAUGUCCAUUUUUGCAUUAAACAUAGUUCAAUUAACCUCUGAACAGAGGACAUUCGUAAUCAAAACGUUUUACGAAACAAGUACCUUGCAGCAGAUUCGCCAUGCUUUUGGAUUGAUUAACUUUGCAUAAUUAAUGUAUUUUCAAUUCCCAACGGUGGAAGAAUGUGAUUUCUCAUCGUAACGGUUUAAGAAAUAUAUCAUAGAAAAGCUACAUGAUAGCUCUUUUGCCUUAUGUAAAAAUUGAAUUGUUUAGUUAAGUUUGUGAUGCACAACAGCCUGUUGAACUUCCACAGCGUUUUUUAGACACCCUGUAUAUAUUUUUAUAUAAUUUUAUAAGUAUUGAAAUUAUUUUGCUCGAUAUGUUUGAGCACACGAGUGCGGUAACAUUUCCCGACUUUAAUACGAUGGACAAAAUCCGGUUUUGGCCACCUGGUUCUGCUUCGAACGUACUUCUUAAUACACUUCGAUUUUUGUUAUGGAAAAUAUUAAAGAAAAGAUAUUCUUUGAUUAAACAGUCAAUAUCUCAAGCACCACUGUUCAUGAAUAUUAAUAUUUUCCUGUGUUUGUGAUUACUGGUGGGCCUCUAUGGAAUUAUACUUUUUUUGUGUACUGCACAUUUGACAAAAUGUGCACCAAAAAUUAGCAGGAUUAAAGUUAUGCUGUGUGGCAUGCACAUCAUCUUGGAACUGUUCCUCAACAAAGUUGCUGGAUGAAUAAGGAGAGUUGAACUGUCAGAACCUGUUCCAUUUAAGGUUGAAGAAAUGGAUGAUAUUGGAAAGGGAAAAAUAAGGUAUAUUGGUGGAUGGGUGGUUUGGAAGGUCCUUGAAACUACUUGUAGGUAUUUAAAGGACAAUAAGUUUUCUACUGUCACUUUGCAAAAUGGAAAUGUUGGAAAAUGAUAGAAUUGUUCCAUUCGACUCGCUUGAGAAUGAGAUGGAAACUAGUGGAACAUUGAAUGUUAUGGAGUCAAGACAAUUCUGUUGCCGAGGAUUGCUCCAUAUCAGUGAUGCAGCCCAUGUGUUCUUUCUGCUAUUGGAACAGCAAAGAGUUGAUCAAAUCAACCAGUACCAUCUGCUCCAUGAACAAGGGCAAAUGGUGGAAGCCGCACUGAUUAAGAUCAGCGAUGAUGAAGUUUGAAGGAUAAAUUCAGCCUGUUUUUCAACAUGGAGAAUGCUGGAGACACAAGGUGGGUAUCGACAACAAUUUUAAUAGCUAAUAUUGUCAAGCAUUUUCCAAAGAGAGAUACUGUAAAACACCGAACUCCUACAAAGGAGUUAGAAAGAUAAUAGCAGGCCUCUGAAUUCAGGUCGGCAAUCGGCAAAUGCCGAGCCAAUUACCCAACUAUCGUCAUGUUAGGACGGAAAAAAAUCGACGACCUGCAAUUAUACUUUUCCGAUGCAAACUUAGAGUAAAAUAAUCCGAAGGGAUAAUCACAAUAUCAAUAAUCCGAAGGGAUUUUCAUAGCAAAACGUACUACGUUUAUGUAUGACCAUUGAAUUUUUCAUGUCACCAAUCAAUGCCAUAAGCAAUCUAAUUAGAACAAAAUCUUUACUUAUUUUAGUUUGAAAUCAAAGCCUUUUCAAUUAACUGCAACUUGCAAAUAUACUUAAUAAAUUACAAUACGGUAAUUACUGGUUUCUAAUCAAAGUAAGUGUCGGCAUUAUUACUACUGGCACAUUUUAUUAAAACUUAAAUUUGCCGACCUGAUUUCCCGCUAAUUCAGAGGCAUGUAUAGAUUUACAUGUAAAAUAGUAAUUAAUACUAUCAAGAUUAUUUAUAAAUAUCCUGGGGGGAGUUGUUCGAAAGCUGUUAGCUUAAUCCAGAGUUAAUGAAAACUUAAUAGUUUAUAACUUUGAAAAGUUUCCAUAAAUCUUGUCAGGAUCAAUAGUUGUGUUAUUAUGUAUGCAUAGAAACGCACAUACCCAAACAGCAAGUUAAAUUUUAACCCAGGGUUAUCGCUAAUCAUACUUUGAACAACCGGCCCCUGUAGUUUAUGUGCAUUUGACCAAAGUAUGCAAGAAAACUACUCAUGUACAGCAUCGUUUUCAUCAUACUAUUAUCCGUCUGCCCGUUUUUAUUUUGUUGAAUUGGGUCACAUUGUGUGAAAUACUGUGUUUUUUAUAGAAAUUGGUUCAAGAAAUGGUUAAAGAAAUCAUUACCAAAUAUGUUAGGAUGGGAUUUGGACAGUUCAUUAAAGAUUUUUGCCGCAAACUCAAGAUUAAAAGGGCAGCUGCACAUAGACAUGCUAUCAUGCAAAGGAAGGAAAAGGCAAACAAAAAAAAACAAAAGGUCUAUUUAGCCUACAUAGAGCAAGAUGCAUCUGCCAAAAAAAACAUCUCGUGCAAGGUUACUUGCAUUUCUUUCCCAAUUCCAGAAGAAAGGUUUUGUAAGCGUUUAUAACAAGCAAGAGUUAACAGGGUUAUGUAUGGCUUACAACAUACCGGUAUGUCAAAGCUGGGUUAAGGCAAAGUUGGGUUAAGGCAAAGAUGGCUAAUGAGCUUGCCAAGUCAAUUUUGUCAAACAAUAGUAUUCCCGCACAUCAAAUAAUGAACUACCACGUAGUACAAGAAUCAGAUUUGUGUGAUAAGAUUGCGACUGGUUUAAUGACCAUAUGAAUAUGGUUAAAAUUAAGUUAUACUGUAACAGGUGUCCCAAAAAAACUUGUGCUGUUUGAUUUCAUGUAACAUAAAAACUAUAAAAGCUACUACACUCAAAUAAAUUUUAUUGUAUUCAGGAAAGGCUAACUUAGAUUUUGAUAUCCAGCCCUAAAAAUUCCAUUUAAUAUUACGCGAGAUACAUAUGUUAGAAUAUAGCGCACGCUUUAAAAAUGAGUAAAAAAUCGAGAAACAUGGCUGAUCAAAUUUAUAUGAAAACAAUUGCCUUUUUCCACAAAAAUUAACAAUUUCAAUUUUAGCAUUUCGAGUAAUAUCCUAGUAUAAGUUAGCCUUUCGUGUUUCUUCGGAAGCGAAAUAA